UUGCAUGAACAAUUAGGUGUAAAAAAGUUGUUUUCCCGAUGGAUACCGCAUUCGCUCUGUGAAGAGCAAAAAGCGGCUCGCGUUACUUGGUGCGUCAGAACUCUGGAAAGAUUUCACGCAGGAUCCUCAAAUUCUGUAUACAACAUCGUAUCAGGUGACGAAUCCUGGAUAUAUGCGUACGAACCAGAAACAAAAAACCAGUCACGAGUUUGGGUGUUCGAAAAUGAGUUAAAGCCAACAAAAAUUGUCGUUUCUGAACUCCGUAAAGAGAACUGCAAUCGCCGCAUCAUUCUCCAUCACGACAAUGCGAGUUCUCACACCGCACACAGAACAAAAGAGUUUUUAGAGCAAGAAAACAUAAAAUUAUUAGACCAUCCGCCGUACAGCCCCGACCUAAGCCCUAAUGAUUUCUAUACUUUCCCUAAAAUAAAGAAGAAAUUGCGUGGACAUAGAUUUUCAUCACCUGAAGAAGCUGUGGACGCCUACAAAACGGCCAUUUUGGAGACCCCAACUUCCGAAUGGAAUGGUUGCUUCAAUAAUUGGUUCCGUCGUAUGGAAAAAUGUGUCAAAUUUCGCGGAGAAUACUUCGAAAAGCAAUAA